GUCACGCUGAAUGACUCCAACAUGUCGAAAGAAGAUCGUCAUAACAUUUUGGUCGAAAUCCAACGAAAUGAAGAGGAAUAUGAGCUCCGUACUGCUCAGAUAAUGGAUCUGAAACAAAAAAUUGCUGAAUCCAAUCAGGAUAUCAAGGUCAAAGCCAAGUUUGACUCUGUAUCAUCCUUGUUCGAUGCUAAAGCGUCUUUGAAGCAUUUGUUUGAUAUUUGUGUAGAACUUAAAAAGGACAUAAUAAGCAAGGAUUUCCAAUUGCAAGAACUGCGAGACUCAAUAGUGGAAUACCAGAAUAAAAUCGAGACUUUGGAAAAGGAACUGGCUGAAGUAGACACCAAUACGGAGGCUCAGAAAACUGCCUUAGAAAAAGAAUACGCAGAAAAGAUUUUGUUGCUCCUGUACCAACUGUCCGAUAAGGACAUAAGUAUCAAUACCGCGGCGGAAAACACCGGACUCGAUGUGCAAUUAACACAACGCCUGCAGAUUCAAAACGAACAGCUAAGCAAAUUACGGCAGCUACGCCAAGAUUUGGAGAAGCAAAUAGACGAAAAUGCCAAGUUGCGCUUGAGACUCACCGAGCUGGAACAAGCCCAGACGUCCAAGAAUAAAAGUUUGAAUAAAAGAAGAUCAAGGUCAACAUCAGCCCUGAAUGAACCAACAGAGAUUCACCCAACCCGAUUUGUGGAAUUGUCCUCAUCAGAAGACGAAGACACGGACGAUGCUAAAAAUGAUCCUGAUUGGAGGAAAACACCCCUGUAUAAGAGACUGCAGCAGCUGAAGGUAAAAUACCAG